AUGGAAGAGAAUGAAGCCAAAUUCGUAAAACCAAAGCAGAGUGAUAAAGAAAAGGCUGAGCUCAUUGCAGAACUAAAUUGUGAUGUCGGAAAAAUCAAGCAGGAGCAAAUUGCUAUUAAUGUUUCAGUGCAAGACGGGAUAUCCAUGGUGAAAUCUCCCACUUGUUCAGAAUUACAGGUGACUUCCCAAUCAUCCAUUUCACCGCCUAUUGAGGGUAACUCUGAGAAUAGCUCUAAUGUAACUCAACCCACACAUGCAGGGUCUAAAUUAUUAGAGGAUAGACAGACCAAUGAAUUUCUGAUUUCGGUAAAUAAGAAAGAGAUUAGUGAUAUGAUGAAACAACACGAUAGAGAAAAAAAACUUUUGCAUGAAUCAACACAUUCAAGCCAAGAUCAGGAUGAGCUCUCAAUUUCCCAGAAUAAUUCAUCUAUACUCCUAGAAGAUUCUGCAAAAACUGAAACCAAUAUAAGUAGUUUGCAAUCAUCAAUCAAAUUGAAUGUUUACAGAGCAGGAGAAACUCAAGUACUACCCAAGGAUACAAAAGUUUCCCAUGAUUAUAUAGUAGCCCAAGAUUUUAUACAAGAAGUGUCUUUGGAGUUGAUAGAUGAAGAUGAUAUCCAAAUUAUUGAUGAAAAUUAA